AUGCACAAAGAAGAGCAGUACCAAGAAGGCACGACCGCUGGCGUCGAUCUAGUUGGCGGGGUCGAGGUUGCCAAUCUCGACCAACCUGGACCCCCGGGACAUGUCAUCAGUUCCCAUGACGUCCAGGAAAUCACUUGUUUCGAGGGAUUUCGAGGCCAGGAUUGUACCGCUAUCCUGGAUGGGAGUGUGAGGACCGAUUGGUCGACCUCCCGCUCUGGGACCUCGAGGAUCAUUGUCAAAUUUGGUGGUCCACGGACCCUGACUGGGUUCGUCGUGGUUCCUUCCCCCGAUAAGCCGAAUAACUUGGUGACACGGCACUCGGUGUUUGUGGGCCCGAGCGACAGAGGACCCUGGAAGGAGGUGGCGUAUGGGACAUGGUGGCCGGAUGCCAGCGAAAAGCAGUCCGUUUUUCAACCCGAACGCACGAGGUACUUGCGGAUUGAACUCAACGACGGCCCGAUCGCAAUCGCCGAGCUCAAGCUCUUCGAGGGGAACGAAAUUCCCCCCAACCCCAAAAAGGGCGCCUGGGGUCCGACCAUUGAUUUCCCUCUUGUUCCCGUGUCAGGGGCGGUCGACCCCAAAUCGGGCGAGGUGCUUGUCUGGUCCUCCUGGGGUUACAAGCAAUUCACCGGCUACCGGUCCGGGAAGACGCAGACAGCCCUAUGGAAUCCCGAGCGAAAGACCGUGACCCAACGCAAGGUGGACGAGACCGAUCAUGAUAUGUUCUGCUCGGGGAUCGCGAGUGAUGUGGAGGGGAAUGUCCUCGUGUUUGGUGGGAACGAUGCGGCAAAGCUCAGUCUGUACAACACGACCUCGCAUGAGUGGCAACGGCGGAGUGGUAUGGCGUCCCUGCGCGGUUACGAAUCAUCGACCAUGUGCUCUGACGGCCGGAUCUUCUCCAUCGGCGGUUCCUUUUCUGGAGAGACCGGCGGCAACGGUAAAGACGGUGAGAUUUACGAUCCGAAAUCCGACAGGUCCACCAUGCUCCCCGGUGCCAAAGUCGACGAGAUGGUCACGGCAGAUCGGCGCCAGUACCGAAUGGACAACCACGGGUGGCUGUUCGGGUGGAAGGAUGGAUACGUUUUCCAAGGGGGCCCCAGUGACCAGAUGAACUGGUAUGGAACCCGUGCCUCGGGGAGUACCACCUUCGCCGGCAAGCGCGGCGACCAAGAUGCCAUGUGUGGCAAUGCGGUCAUGUACGACGCCGGCAAGAUUCUCGGCUUUGGGGGUUCCCGAUACUACGAGACCAAGCCGGCUGUCGACACCACCUACAUCCUCACCCUUACGGACCCGAAGACCCCCGUCCACGUGGACCAGGCCCCGUCGAUGAAGUACACGCGCACCUUCCACACAUCUGUCGUGCUUCCGGACGCGUCCGUCUUCACCCACGGCGGCCAGGAUAUUGGGCUGCCGUUCAAUGAGAGUUUUGCCCACUUCACGCCGGAACGGUUUGUUCCCGAUACCAGCAGUGUGCAGGGCGGCCGAUGGGAGGAGAUGCAGCCGAACAACGUGCCCCGAGUGUACCACAGCAUUGCGCUGCUUCUGCAGGACGGGACGGUUUUCACCGGCGGUGGUGGUCUCUGCGGGGAUUGCGACGCCAACCACUUCGACGCGCAGAUUUACACCCCCCCUUAUCUGCUCAAUGACGAUGGAAGCAAGAAAACGGAUCGCCCCGUCAUCAACAGCGUCAGUCCGGCAGACGGCCCCCCCGGCACCACGAUCACAAUCCAGACCGAUCGACCUGUCAAUUCCAAGGCAUCGAUCAUUCGCUACGGCUCCGCGACGCACACGGUGAACACUGAUCAACGACGCAUUGGUGUCAGGCUGUCGGCGCAACCGGGCGGGACCAAUACAUAUUCCUUCCAGAUUCCCGAUGAACCCGGAGUCGCCACCCCUGGGUAUUAUAUGCUUUUCGUCCUGGACAAUGCUGGAGUGCCCAGUGUGUCGAAGAAUGUGCAGGUGACUGUGUGA